AAAGGGCGCUCCACUCGAGUCGGCCAAUAAUUUUCUUCUCCACUACGAAGUCGGAGACUGAGAACUUUCAUCGACGGCACGGCGGUCUCCGAUCCCACUCUCGAUCUCCGAUUAUACAGUUAGGUUCACGAUUGUUGUUGGAUUUCACGUUCAGAUCUCAUGAUCCCUCAUCCGUUUUUUUCCCCGUUAAAGCUCCUUAAAACCUUGAUGCAACGGCCUAGUGCUCGUUCCAGGUUGAAAUUCAAAUCAGAUAUGAUAGAUCCUCCCGAGGUUGAGACUUCACCUGGUCACCACCACAAUCGAUCAUCGCCGUCCACACUCGCUAACCACAAGUCAAAACGAACCAAAUCGAUUGUUUUGUUAAUCGUUGCUUCCGUAGCUAUUGCGUUGGGGUUAUUGUUUGUUUGCUUUUCAAUCGUACGCUCUCGGAGGAAUCGGAGAGUUUCGCUGCUCCGGUACAGCGUCGUUAUCGAUGGCGGGAGUUCGGGGACCCGAGUUCAUGUGUUCGGGUACCGGGCUGAAUCCGGUAAACCGGUGUUUGAUUUCGGAGAGGAGAGUUACGCUAGUUUUAAGUUGAGUCCUGGUUUGUCUGCGUAUGGUGAUAAUCCGGAGGGAGUGAGUGAGUCAGUGACGGAGCUUGUGGAAUUUGCUAAACGGAGAGUUCCUAAGAGAGUGUUGGAGGAGAGUGACAUUAGGUUGAUGGCUACUGCUGGAAUGAGAUUGCUUGAAUUGUCUGUUCAGGAACGGAUUCUUGAAGUUACUAGAAGGGUUCUUAGAUCUUCCGGGUUUGUUUUUCGAGAGGAGUGGGCUUCUGUUAUCUCUGGAUCUGAUGAAGGUGUAUAUGCUUGGGUUGUUGCAAAUCAUGCGCUUGGUUUGCUUGGAGGUGGACCUUUAAAAACAACUGGAACUGUUGAACUCGGUGAUGACUGUUUGUGCAUUCAUUUAGGUAACAUUUGUGUCAAGUGAGCUUGGAAAUUGGGUUAACCCCCGUGGUCCCUCCUUUUUUGAAGCCAUAGUUGAGCCUCCCCUUGAUUCUGUUUGAGGCUCCCCUUGGUUCUUUUCCUGAAAAUGCUACUACCAUGGUGAGAGUGAAGAAGCAACCAAAGGGCCUGUUUUUCUAAUAAUCUGAAAACUUUUGAGAUUUCUAAUCUUUUAUAAAACUAAAAAAAUUGGUAGCGAGAAAGCACAAGAAGUAGAGGGACGUGAAGAAGAAGAGUGCGUACAUACAUGGCCUGUUUUUUUGGAGGAAUAGACUUUCCAAAUAAUUCUCACUUAUUUGAGCCAAACUUGGAACCAUUUCAAACAACAUAUCAGAUUUAUUGUUUAAUUAAAGUGAUGCAAAAAUCAUUUAGGAGUUUCAUGAGUGUAUGAAAAGGGGACUUAGCCUUAAA